GCCCUUCGCCGGUCAGAUUGGCUCAGGUUCUUCCCCUUGCUCCGUCCUGCUACCGAAUUACAAAGCAUGAGUGGGUAGCGCUCUUGUCCAUCAAUAAUAUAUUCGCGGAUACCUUUGCUAAUUUCCCGAAGAGUUGUGCAGGUGCGCGCAGAACUCUGGUCGGAGGCGAAGCUUGUCCCUGAACAUCGGAUGACUGAAGGGAGCGAUUAACUAGUUCUGUGAGGACAGUGGUGGAACUCCAGGGGAGGGGGGUGAAGGGUGAGACAUGGAGCUGAUGGGGUCGACGCUGACGGCCACCUACGCCCGGCCCAAAUCCAGCAGCUUCCUGCCGGCCAUUUCCACCAUGGCAGCCAGCUACCGGAGCCACCAGCCCCAGUUCGCCCUGGCGCUGAACGCCAGCCUGCCCUGGAGGGCCAACGGCUACCACAAGACUGGCAGCGGCGCCAUGCCCGCCCUGGGCACGCUGCAGCUGGCCUCCCCGGCCCUGGCGCGGGCCAAGACCAUGUUUUUCCCGUCCAACAGGACGGCGCUGACCACCCGCUACACCCCGGACGACUGGCACAAGUCCAACCAGAGCCACUACCGGGAUUCGGAGUCGUCCCGGAACAGCGCGGAGCGGCUGAGGCGGGAGACCGUCCGGCUGAUCCAGGACAAGGAUCAGCUGACCCGCCGCACGCAGGAGAACACCAGCAAGAACAUCGGCGAGCGCGUCAGCGACAUCACCUUCUGGAGGUCCGAGCUGGGCCACGAAAUCGAGAACAUGGUGGCGGAGAUCGGCGCCCUGACCGAGGUCAAGAGGAGGCUGGAGAGGGCCCUGGCCGAGACCGAGGGACCCCUGCAGGUCUCUCAGGAGUGCCUGUAUCACAGAGAGAAGAGGAUGUCCAUCGAUCUGGUGCAUGACGACGUGGAAAAGGAUCUCCUGAAGGAAGUCGAGGUCAUCAAAUCGUGUCAGGAGAGGAUGAGGAGGCAUUUGGACAAAGCCAUCGCUCAGCUUGCGUCAAACAGGGGGGCGCAGCACGAGCUGGAGAAGGACGCCAGUGACAAGGUGAGCGCCUACCGCAUCGACGACAGGUGCCACCAGCUCCGGAAUCAGUCGGACGGGAUCAGUUUCCACCGGGGGAUCGAUCGGCUGGACCCCUCGCUCUCUCUUCCCGAGUCGUGGUGCAGAUUCACGGACGGCAACAUCCUGCACUCCCAGAGCGAGCGCGCCAACUCCCACAAGCUCCGCGACGAGAUCGAGAUCCUGCUCAACGCCACCUCCAACGAGAUGUGGAACCAGUUCAACGCCGUCAACGUGGCCUUCGCCAACCGCAUGUCCGAGACCGCCGACGCCAAGAACAGCCUGCAGACCCACCUGGCUAAGACCCUCCAGGAGAUCUUCCAGACCGAGAUGCUCAUCGAGAGCCUGAAGAAGGCCAUCCGGGACAAGGAGAACCCGCUCAAGGUGGCCCAGACCCGGCUGGACGAGAGAACCCGCAGGCCCAACAUGGAGCUCUGUCGCGACAACCCCCACCACAGGCUGGUGGGGGAGGUCAGGGAGAUUGAGGACACCAUACAGAAGCUGAGGGAGAGACUGGCGGAGGCGGAGACUGCCCUGCAGAUGCUGGUGAAGACCAAGGUGACCCUGGAGCAUGACCUGUCUGUCAAGGCCAACUCCCUCUUCCUGGACCAGGAGAAGUGCAUGGGCAUGAGGAGGACCUUUCCCAGCACCCCCCGUCUGGUGGGGUACACAUAGAGGAGGGGCCAUGCUGGGAGGGGGGAGGGAGGGGUGAUACGGGGUCAGGCAUGCAUACACUACACCAGGCGUAAUGUAUUGGAACCUAAUAUAGGGUUCAGGACACAGACAUGGAGUAACUCAGGAGGCCCUAGUACAGGAUAGGGUACACAUACACCUGGAGUAAUUUAUGGGAGCCUUAUGCUGGGUUGGGUACACAUAUACCUGGGGUAACUUAUGAGAACCUUAUUCAGGGUUGGAUACACAGGCUUGGAGUAACUUAUGAGGACCUAAUACUGGGUUGGGUACACAUAUAACUGGAGUAAGUUAUGGGAGUCUUAUACAGGAUUGGAUACACUAACCUGGUGUAACUUAUGGCAUGGGCAUGUAAUAAAAGAUGGAGCAUCGGAUGAGUGAUUGGAGAGAGUUAAUACAGCACGAGGCACUCAUAGCUCUGGGGCAACUAAUGAAGCUGGACGCACACAGACCCGGUGAAACACAACUUGCACAAAGCGGGGUGUAUGAAGAGAAAUCCACGUUAGCCUUGCACAAGCUGGGAUACACAUAGAUCUUGGGUAUUGCAUGUUAGAUUAGUGUAAAGCUUUGGUUACACACAGAGUAGAUCUGUAGAAGUGCACUGGAGUCUAUUUCAGAGUGUGGACACACAUUUCCACACUGGAGUAGAGUAUGGGCGUCUAAUAUUGGGUACGCACCUUUAGCAACACGUGGUAGUCUGUUACAAGAGAGAGAUUUUCCUGGAGUUACACAUGGAGACUAAUAAAGUGUUGAGUGCAAGCAGAAUUGGAGUAGUUCUUAGUAACUGAAUAUAGGGUGGGGCACGCAUGUUGUUUCUGCAAAAAUGUUCCCCACCCCUAAUCUCAAAACCCUUCCCCGUCAAUAAAACCAUUAAAGGACAGUGAUUUUACA